UUUUUCGAUUUCACCCAUCAGUAUAGCCUUCUCGGAUUGAUCGUUGUAUAUUAUUAAGAAUUUUGUAUUGAUCUCGAUCUAGAUCUCGACCUUCGAUUUCUUCUCCUAAUUGAGCUCGAUCUGGAAUAUUACGGUGUCAGAUCCCUCCGGUUCGAAGUAAGAAUCUUCGCCUAUAUCUCUGUUUUUUGUUUAAUUGCAAAGAUAAUUGAUGGAAUUGAGCUUUUUUUUUAAUCUUUUUCAUGUUGAUAAAAAAAUGCCUGUAAAGCCGGCACAGUCGUCAUUUAGGGAUCGGACGCAAGAAUUUCUGAGCGUAGCGGAGAGGUUAAAGAAGUCGAUCACGUCUGGACCGAACCAAAAUGGGCCGAGUAGUAGUAGGUCGAGAGCGGAGGACAAGAGAUCUGUGGUUGCGCAUCAAUUGGAGUUUAAUAGGAGGGCUUCUAAGGUUGGAUUGGGGAUUCAUCAGACUUCGCAGAAGCUUUCUAAGUUAGCUAAAUUGGCCAAGAGGACUUCAGUUUUUGAUGACCCUACUAUGGAAAUCCAAGAGCUCACUGCUGUUAUAAAGCAGGAUAUCACUGCCCUUAAUUCUGCUGUGGUAGACCUUCAGCUUUUCUGCAAUUCUGGAAACGAAGGUGGUGUCUCCAGUGACACAUCUAGUCAUUCAACCACAGUUGUAGAUGACUUGAAGAAUCGCUUGAUGAGCGCCACAAAAGAGUUUAAAGAUGUCCUCACUAUGCGAACAGAGAAUUUAAAGGUUCAUGAGAAUAGAAGACAGUUAUUUUCUUCCACUGCUUCAAAGGAUUCUCCAAAUCCUUUUGUACGGCAGCGCCCCCUGGCUGCCAAAUCUGCAGCCGGAGCUUCAAACAACCUUCCACAAUGGGCUAAUGGAUCUGCAUCUUCAUCUCAGUUGUUUCCAAGAAAGCAUGAUAGGGAGAGUCAGCCAUUGCUUCAGGAGCAGCAACAGCAGCAACAACAAAUGGUUCCAUUGCAAGACAGCUACAUGCAGAGCAGAGCUGAAGCUCUUCAAAAUGUAGAAUCCACUAUUCAUGAGCUAGGCACCAUAUUCAACCAGCUAGCCACUCUGGUUUCUCAGCAAGGAGAGAUAGCUAUCAGGAUUGAUGAGAACAUGGAUGACACCUUAGCAAAUGUGGAGGGAGCGCAGGGAGCAUUGCUCAAGUACCUAAACAGCAUAUCGUCUAACAGGUGGCUGAUGAUCAAGAUAUUUUUUGUUUUGAUUCUAUUCCUUAUGUUUUUCCUGUUCUUUGUGGCAUAGUUAAUAAAGUGACAUAGCCAAGUUUGAAC